GAAACGGGGAUGGAUAAUUGAGUUGAGUCGCUGGUCGAUUCAGUCUUCACCCGCUACUUUCCUUAAGACCAAGCUCAUUGUUGUAAAUCGCUCAAUUUGAAUAAUUGAAAUACGAAAUUGUUGAAAAUGACCUCCCCCAUCACCGUGACCUACCGCGAGCGCAUCGCCGUGAUUACGCUUAAUCGUCCUGAGAAACUGAAUGCUCUAGAUCAGGACUUGUACUAUCAGCUGGGCGAGUACCUGCGCGAGAUUGAGAAACGCGAUGAUAUCUCUGUUACCGUUCUCACUGGUGCGGGACGGUUUUUCUCUGCCGGCGCAGAUGUAACAGCCUCCCGCCCCUCUGGCGCCUUGGGCAGCUCCGCCCGCCGCGACAUCCUCCGCAGCUUCGUCGCCAACAACAUCGACGUCACCCGCGCCUUCUACUCGCACCCCAAGAUCCUCGUAGUCGCUCUGAACGGUCCCGUCGUCGGUCUCUCCGCUGCUCUCGUCGCACUAGCAGACUUUAUCUAUGCGACUCCGCACACCUUCCUGCUUACUCCGUUUGCGUCGCUGGGACUCGUCGCGGAGGGUGGUGCGUCAAGGGCAUUUGUGGAGAGGUUAGGUAUUUCCAAAGCGAACGAGGCGCUUAUCAUGAGUAAGCGGAUUACAUGUGCCGAACUGGAGCAGACGGGGUUCGUUAAUAAAGUCAUCUCUGCACCAUCCGGUAAUCAAACCGAUUCCGAGGGCUUUCUGGGUAAAGUGCUCGAGGAAGUCGACGAGAGACUUGGGCCACACUUGAACCAGAGCAGUUUGUUGAAAAUCAAGGAGUUGAUUCGGCGGCCGGGGCGGGAGGUGCUGGAGAGACAGAAUGGGAUUGAGGCGUUUAUGGGGUUGGAGAGGUUUUUGAGUGGGGUGCCGCAGGAGGAGUUUCGGAGGUUGGCUAGUGGGGAGAAGAAGCAUAAGCUGUAGCCUCGUUUGGGUGUGUGUAUAGGAUGAGUUACGGAGUUUAUCAUCUUCAUCUACGUAAAUUUCAAGCAGAUAUCAUAGAUGAACAUAAUACUUUUAUUCAAAUAAGCAACAUCGCUCCCAAC